AUGGCUCCACAGAAGGCGCGAUUGGGUUCCCACCCUUCUAUCGAGGGUCCUCCGCCUCCGGUAACCCAUAUUUCCCAUGAAGUACGACUAUCUGACAAGGUCAAGGAUGCCUACAGCCAGGCAUUGGACGAGCAGCAUGGCCCUGUCAUUGUCGUCCCUCGACGCGGCCACACUAAAAAUUUCACCUUCGAGAAAGCUGCCUUCGAAUUGCUUCACUUGGGUUUUAUAGCGCUCUUUGAUAACGGCCACUUCGUCCAUGAUGUUGACAGCCUAGGUGAGAACAAUGUACAGCCACGUAUGAACGCCAUUAUAGACCGAAUCUUCUCUGCCUUCCAGCCGCAUUUCGACCAGAUGACCCUUCGUUUUCCCAAUAUCUUCUCCCGCCUUCAGCAAGCCAUCGCUCAAGCUAUGGUAGUCAUGAUUCUUGGGCCCGCACACUCUUCCCCAGAAGCAGCAGGCCACUUCGCUGCCGUGGUAGUCGCGAUGGCAAACAUGACCGGCAUGCACGAGAACACGCAUGAGUGGGUAUGGUUCCCCUCGUUAUGGGUGUUCCUUAACGGACUCUGGGCCGUCUUCUUCACUAUCAUUCCCCGUUUCUUCUUCAGCAUCGUUCCCACGCUCUGGAAAACCCGGCGUCAGCGCCUGGCGAACGGCCUUGCCGCGCACCAUGAAGAAUAUAUCCCAUUAUUCGACAUUCUGUUAGUAAAACACUACCACAUGAAAACCGGCUUCCAUGCGCUAGGCGGGUUCGCAUGGUGUGUCAUUCUCUGCUUGGGCAUGAUCUUCGCCUCCAUUCAUCACUUCCUCCGGACGAAGGGUGAUUGUUGGGGUCCUGUUCGUCAGACGACGGGACCUGUACGUAUCGGGCCCUAUGUACUUCCCAAGGAUGCUAUGUGCAUUGUGCUCAUCUCGCGAGCACACCAACACCCAGACAACUACGGAUCAGUAGGAACCGUCUUUGACGGCUUCCAGUGGGAAAAGAAGGGACGGCCGGCCGUGCAGGGCAGUGCGGAUUUCUUAACGUUCGGGCUAGGAAGAUGGGCGUGUCCGGGCCGUCAACUGGCGAUACACGAGAUCAAAAUCCUGCUCUACGUGUUUUUCUCUAAGUUUGACGUUAAGGUUAAAGAAGGCAGCUUCCGAGUAACCGAUACGAUAAACACGACUUCUGUGCCGCCGGAGGCUACUUUGCUGCUGUGGAAAAGAGAGUAAAG